AUGUGUUUUCCCUCGGCAAUUAGAGCUUCGCGCCCGGCAGCUAGAUGCAUCCUGAAUUGUGUUUGUACCAACAGUGGUGGCGUGGUAGUUUUCUUCGUGGUCUUGGAUCGUGUUUGGUCUGCUGAUUCGGUUGCGGGAGCUGAAGUCGAUAUGAGGGUUGAGAGUCAGAUUCUGGGGGAGAAACUAGGUGCAGAGUCAGUCAGGGCAAAGAAGAGAUGGAUCUUCCCCUUGUCAAAGCGUACCUCUUCGCUCGACUGCGAAGUGUUCUUGAGCUGCGCAGAUGCUCGAAAAGGCUUCGCCGACCGCCUCUACGGCAGACUCGUCGGUGUCGGAAUCCGUGUCUUCAGGGACCACGCAGGUGAGAAAUUGAGGCCAGAAGUUCUGAAAGCCAUUAAGAACGGUAAGAUUCUUAUCCCGAUUAUCUCCGAGAACUAUGCUUCUAGCAAAUCCUGCCUUGACCAACUGGUUCACAUGAUGGAGCGCCAAAAACACUCGGGGAGGCGCCUAGUGUUUCCCAUAUUCUACAAAGUGAAAGCCGCGGAUGUGCGAAAGCGAAGAGGUAGCUUUGGAGAGGCAUUUCGUUGCUACAGGCGGAGUUUUGACGGAAAGGUUGUGGCCGAAUGGAAUAAAGCGCUUGAAGAAGUCAGUAAAUUGACGACGGGAUGGGAAUCAGAGAGAGUUGCUGAUGGGCGUGAAGAAGAAUUGGUAAAAUUGGUUGCGAAACAAGUUUCCCAAGAGUUGAAGAGACAGUAUUUGGUCGGAAUUGAUAGCCGUGUGGACGAGGUCAUGCAAUUAAUAGAUGAGCGUUCUAGUGCUACCGUAAUUGUGGGAAUCUAUGGAAGGGUGGGCAUCGGUAAGACGACUCUUGUUAAAGCCAUCGACAAAAAGCUGUCCGGUUCAUCGUACUGGCGUAGCUUCAUUGCAGACAUCAGGGAAUCAUGUAAUCGCAAUGCUAAGAAAGCGCUCAUUAUUCUCGAUGACGUGGAUAACACUAAGCAGUUAAACGAUUUGGUUGGAAUGAGUCAUUUAUUGGCGCCCGGAAGUAGGAUCUUUUUUACGACUAGAAAUGAGAGUGUUCUUGGUUGGGCCAAAGUCGACCGCAAGUACGAGCUUAAGGAACUGAAUGAGGAGCAGCGUUUGAUCCUAUUUUCUAGACAUGCAUUUCGAAGAGACUCUCCUCCCAAUGAGUUUUCAGCUCUUGCUCGUCGUGUGGUAUCUAUAACGGGAGGGCUUCCCUUGGCUCUCAAGGGUGUCGGUUCAUUUUUGUGCAGAAAACCAGCGAAAGUAUGGGAAGAGACAAUACGGAAGAUGGAAAAUAUACCUUAUAGGAAAGUGCAAGAAAGGUUGCUGAGUGAUGUGAAUCUUACCGGAGAUUUUCGGAGUUUGUUUUCUGAGUUAAGAUGGCUCAAACGGGGGAAUUGUCCCUCAGAAUUUGAAGCAACCAAGUUACAAGCAGAGAGAUUAGUCAUACUGGAUUUGUCAGGAAGCAAGAUUUCAGAUAACUGGCGGGGAUGGCCUUCGUUGAAGAUGGCAAGAGAGCUGAAAGUUCUCAACCUUACAGGUUGCCGUUCUUUGAAAAGUACUUCCUACCUCUCAGCUUUUAAAAGAUUGGAGAUUUUGAUCCUCAGAGACUGCAGCGAAUUGAAGGGAAUUCAUCCUUGUAUUGGAGACAUGAAGAACCUCGUUUCCCUGGACUUGAGGGGAUGUUCGCGUCUUACGGAACUGCCUCCUGAGAUGGCUAAACUGGGACGAUUGGAGGAACUUCAUCUAGAUGGAACUGGGAUACGAGAAAUUCCUUCCUUCAUGCGUUCUCUAAAGAAGCUGAAGACGCGUAGUGCCAGUUAA